GCUACUGUGUUAGUGUGUGACACUGUGUGUAGCGCGCGAAUUUGUAAAAAGUCCCAGUGUAAAUAAAAAUUAGGCUAGCCUAGGCCAAAUAUAAUUGCUGUUUCUGGUCGAGGUCUUCAUUCAUUAUUACGUAUAAUACCAGAUAGGCCUACCUACAGUAUGCGACUGACUUGCAACGCUGAGGUGGUUAAUCGCCAACUGUCAUCUCAAGGAAUGUCCAAGAAAGUUAGGCCAGUUAGAAGCUUUCUUUCCAUUGGUCGAUCCAAAUCAACAGAUAGCAAAACAGGUGCAGUUUUUCUCUUGCUGUGUACUGCCAAAGAUAGGGUUGGCACAAAAUAUAAGUUACGAGAAAAUGUUCAGAAUGUAUUUACUAAGUUUGUGCAAGAAGGAAAAGCAACCAUCAGAUUGAAUACACCAGCUUUUGACAUUCACCUUCAAAAGGCGGAUCCGACAGCGUUGAAGAAUUUCCUUUCCGUUGUCAAGUUAGGGCAUCAAAACAAAGAACUGGAUAAAUCAAAUCUUUCCACAUUAGCACCAGCCACAAUUUCACAAGUAGAGCCAUUAAAGGUACGACUCAACAUCACCAACAGGCAGAACUACCCAUUGGCAGCCGGUUUCCCGAAAACGCUGGAGACCUUACGUGUUUGUAACUGCAUGCUAAAAAAAGUUGACCCUAGGAUUCUGUCACUAAAAAAAUUAAGAAGCCUUGAUUUGAGCGAUAACAGAUUUCAGACUUUACCCCCUGAACUUGGUGAGAUACUAACUCUUGCUGAGUUAAAAGUAACCGGUAAUUAUCUAAAAGAAGUUCCUAAGUGUGUUUGGACAGGAAAUUUGCGAUGCAGCCUUCGAAUGCUUGAUAUUUCUAACAAUGAACUUCAGUAUAUUUCGCCCGAUUUGGCACGUGUGUCUUCAUUGGUCCGUCUCAACAUUGACUCUAAUCAAGUAGAAAGGCUGCCAACAAACUUUGGUGAGCUGACCUCCCUUAAAUUUUUCUCCGCUGCCAAAAACAAGUUGAAGAAACUGCCAGCAACUUUUGGCUAUUUAAAUAUGGAACAGUUGGACCUUAGCGCAAAUGAAUUUGAGAAAAUCGCAGACGACACAAAGCUGAACCAAGACUACGCAGUGAUGCCACUCGUUGAACUAGCAGCAAGAAUCGUAGCUAAAUUCAGGUUACCACAUGAUCCAAGUACACUUCCUGCUUACUUGUGUGACUACCUUACAAGAGCCAAGGUGUGUGUAUGUUCUCGUGUUUGUUUCAUACCUUACGCAACAGCUCUCCUUACCCUUGACCUCCGUCGGACAGCUCAUACCAUUGUUAGGACGGGGAAUGCAGGCAUAACAGCGCCAUUAGAGACUUUCCUAUGCUCGACGCUGUGUUAUAGAAACCUACAGAAGAAUGCAAAAGCUUUAUGGAAAUGCAAACGCUAAAAGACUGGUUCUAGUAAUGUAACUAAUGUUUGUUUAAAAGGUAUGUUUAGAAUGGACCGUUACAAAAUGUCAAUAUGAACUGACCAAUCAGAACAUAUUACUGUUAAUUGGGCCAAGAAUAUGCACAUGCCCCUCAAACACAGAAGUUUACAGUGUUGUUUUGUGGGGAAAAUUCAAUCUGUCCCUGGCAAUAAAGAAGUCCUAUUCUGCCACUUCAGACAAGACCUUAUGGUGGCUUGUGAAGAUAAAAAUUAGGAAAACAUGCGUUUGCAUACAUUUAAGCAUGUUUUGGAGAAUGGGCAGUAAGUAGGUUAAAGUAAUAUUUAUGCUAAUUUUGAUAUUUUUCAUAAAAUAAAUUAUAUAUUUAAAUAUUGAAAAGGAUGCAAUUUACAAUAAACUCAAGUCAGAAAAUUAA